AUGCCUAUGCAGAUGGUUGAAAAUCUCCUCAAUUUCUGUGUUCUUUUCUUCGAUUUCCUAAUAAUCAUCAAUAAAAAAUUGCUGGCAAAACCAAUGGGCUAUCUCGUUUGUUUACUGAUUUCAAUCCUCUUUUCUACUUCAUCUUUGGCAAGUCCUGUGACUUACAAUGUGCUCAGCUUCGGAGCCAAAGCCAAUGGCAAAAGUGACUCAUCAAAAGCCUUUCUUGAUGCAUGGACUAAAGCCUGUGGUUCAAGUGAGGCCGUGACGAUCUAUGUGCCACAAGGAAGGUUCUUACUGGGAAAAAUUGAGUUUAAAGGGGAAUGUAAGAACAAUGAUAUUACCCUACGUAUUGAUGGCACUCUUGUGGCUCCAUCAGAUUAUAACAUUUUUGAAAAUGCUGGCAACUGGAUUCUCUUUGAACAUGUUAAUGGCGUUUCCAUUAAUGGUGGCACUCUUGAUGGCCAAGGUUCUGGCUUGUGGACUUGUAAGAAGACAGGGAAAAGUUGCCCUAGUGGCGCCACGACGCUGGAGUUUACCAACUCCAACAAUAUUGUGAUAAGUGAAUUAACAUCGGUGAAUAGCCAAAAGUUCCAUAUUGUUAUCAAUGAAUGCAACAAUGUGAGAGCGCAAGGAGUUAAGGUUUCAGCCUCAGACAACAGUCCUAACACCGAUGGAAUUCAUGUGCAAUCAUCAAGCAGUGUCACAAUCCUCAACUCAAGGAUAGGGACUGGUGAUGAUUGUGUUUCAAUUGGCCCUGGUAGUACCAAUUUAUGGAUUGAGAAUGUUGCUUGUGGCCCUGGCCAUGGGAUCAGCAUUGGUAGUCUUGGCAAGGAACAAGAAGAGGCUGGAGUGCAAAAUGUGACUGUAAAAACAGUGACAUUUACGAGUACCCAAAAUGGAGUCAGAAUAAAAUCUUGGGGGAGACCUAGCACUGGUUUUGCUAGAAACAUUCUUUUUCAACAUGCCAUCAUGGACAAUGUUCACAAUCCUAUCAUUAUCGAUCAAAAUUACUGCCCUGACAAGAAAAAUUGCCCUGGACAGGCUUCAGGGGUUAAAAUAAGUGACGUGACUUACCAAGAUAUUCAUGGAACAUCUUCAACCGAAGUUGCGGUGAAGUUUGAUUGCAGUUCGGAGAAUCCAUGUUCUGGGAUAACCUUGGACGAUGUAAAUCUCACUUAUAAGAAUGAACCAGCUGAAGCUUUAUGCAACCAUGCUGAUGGAUCUGCCACCGGUUUCGUUCAGCCCAAUAGCUGUUUGGUGUAGUGAAUAAUGCAUGCCAUAAAGUUUCUUCGCAUUUUCAGAAUAUGUUACAGAGCAUUUAGGAAUAUGUGAUAGAAUUUAUUGAUUCGUGGUGUGUCUGUGUAUUGAAAAUAAUUAUAAGAUAGUGUUGUUAUACAAUAUCAAUUACUAUUCUUUAGUAGUUUUCCGAAAGGAAAUCGUCCUAAUGAAUUUUAUUUACAAUCUAAAUGUAACUUGUCAAAAAAUUCUCCAACUCACCAAUGAGGCUUGUCAUAUCUUCAUCUCUCUUUUGGUUGAAUAAAGGAUGUGGAUGAAGCACAAGUGUCCAUCCUAGACAUGCA